AUGCCUGGGCGAGAACCACUGGAUGCGGACACCGUGCACGAGCUGUUGCAGCCCGAAACAGACGGCGGUGAUCCAGCGGAUUGGGAAGAGGAUGUGCGUUCGUGGUUGACGCCCGAUCAACAGCCACCGACCGACCUACCUUUGCUUCGCCUAUGGGACGAGAAGUCCGGGAGCCAGCCGGACGAGAGUGGCCGCAUGCUAGCAAGGGCCCCUCGGCAACGACUCUGCACACUCGAGUCGCGGAGGGAGUCCCUGGAGAUCCACGUCGAUAACGGUAGAUGGGUGGUCACGCCAUACAUUUCCUUUUCAAGUUUACCCGAGGCGAUCGAAGACCUUGCUCAGGUGCGGGAUGAUCCUAAGAAAAAGCGAGGCCCCCAUAAGCUCAUCGCCAUAAAUCCUGGCGUUCGCGAGGCAAAAGGAUUACCUGUUCUGGAUGUCGGGGCUGAAAUGGAGCACUACGGGAUCGAGGAUCCAUAUGACGAUUCAGACUACUAUGAAAACCACUACGCCUGCUUGUGGGAAGUCACGCCGGAAGAGAUUGUUGGACAGUGGACGUGGAAGAAGCUCAUGAAGAACAACAAGGAAGACUGGUACAAGGAGAUCGUCUUGCCUGCGUUCCAACAACACAACAACGCCUUCACGAAGCGGUCUGCACCUACCGACAUCGGCGGCCCAGACGAGUCGGGGAGGGCUGCGGGUUUGUCGCGUGAGUCUUCAAUCCCCUGCUGGACGUUCGGUUUAGUUGCAAGGCUAAUGGUAUCGAAGCUGGCCCCAAUGGUAUCGAAGCUGGCCCACCCGAUACAUGCGUUUUGCCACGACGCCGACCCCUUCGGCCAAGAUCGCGUCUACCGCUCUGAUGAGGAAAUAUGA